AUGUCUGAUAAUACCGAGACACUCAAUGAAGUAGAUCCAUCAUCUUUUGCAAGUAUACUUGCCGGGAUAAAUAGAAUGAGAGAGGCAGCAAGUGGUGUUUCGAGUAGCACUACCGACGUGAUAUCUAAUCAGGAAACCAAUUUGGAAAAACCUCCUUCCACUACAGCACGCGUGUCCGAACAACAGCAGGUGCCGGUUGUACCUACAAAGGAUAUAGUCAAUCGAGCCAGUCCUUAUCAAAGAUCAUCUUUAAAUAAAGCAACUGCAAAGCCAGUCACUCCAUUGGAAUCACAGCGUUCCUCCACUCCGCGUUCCAAAACCCAUGGUCCUAGCCAAAUACUUAUUAAUCCUCACCAAAAGAAUAACCCGAUACUUACGAAAUCAAGAUUAAGCAAGGUUCCCUGGCGAUAUGAUUCUAAUGUAUUAUCGGAUUAUUAUAUCAGUCCUACAUUCCAGAUCUUGUUCUUGUCACUCAAAUACCACAAUUUACACCCAGAGUAUCUUGAACAUAAAUGGAGGAAAUUCAACAAGGGAUCCAUCAUCAAUGAUACAAAUAGCAAUGACAAGGCAUUGAGAGUGUUGUUAGUACAUGUUGAUAUUACAAAUCCACAGGACACGCUACGUAGAAUACUGUCUUUUUGUAACAAAGUGAGAUUAACAUUGGUUCUAGCUUGGUCUCAGGAAGAGGCUGGGAAUUAUAUCGCUACGGCAAAAAGUAUUGACGAUGCACCUACAAAAGCAAAGAAAUCUAUUGAAGGAAACAAAGCUACUGACUAUAAUACAUGUGUUAGUGAAGCAUUGACUGGAAUUAAACUGGUUAAUAAGUCAGAUGUUGCAAAUUUAUUAGGUAAUUGCAAAUCCAUCAAACAAGUUGUCCUUGAAAGUUGUAGAGAAGAUAACGGUGAUGGUUUUGGUUUAGCAAAUAUUCAUGGAUUAGGUGCAACAAAAUUAAGAAACCUCAAACAAACCUUUCUGGAACCAUUUAUUACAAAUAAAGAUUAUAACCAAUGA